AUAGACAUCUGUAUCCAUUUAAACGACACAAAUUCCGUUCCUUUCUCCGUCAAACCUCAGAAAAUAUUUCCUUUAUCUAAAUGGGAAAUAAUCCAACGACACACACUCUGAGCCCCAAACACGCCCCCGCCGUGACGAUGAACCCAGCAACCGAAGCAGCCGAAUCAACAGAAUGGUCUCAACUCCUCGGCAGCAAUAACUGGGAAGGCCUUCUAGACCCCCUCGACCUCUCCCUCCGCCAGCUCAUCCUCCGCUGCGGCGACCUCUGCCAGGCCACCUACGACGCAUUCAACAACGACCAGAACUCCAAGUACUGCGGCUCCAGCCGCUAUGGAAAGGCCUCAUUCUUCCACAAAGUCAUGUUUGACGCCGCCUCCGACUACCAAGUCGUGUCCUUCCUCUACGCCACCGCCAAAGUCGGCCACCCUGAAGCCCUUCUUCUCCACUCGCAGUCGCGCGAGUCCUGGGACCGUGAGUCCAACUGGAUUGGCUACAUCGCCGUCACCACUAACGACGUCAGCCGCGCCCUGGGCCGACGCGAAAUACAUGUCGUGUGGCGCGGGACGACAAGGAGCUACGAGUGGGUUGAUGUGUUAGACGCUGAUCUCAAAUCUGCCAUGCAAUUGAUUCGUCCAAAUGCGCGUGCUGAAUUUGGCGAUGGCGAUGAUGGUAGUAGCAGUAGUGAUAGCCAUGGUGAUAAUGAAAAGGUUCCAAAAGUCAUGAACGGCUGGCUUACUAUUUACACCUCAGACGACACCAACUCACCCUUCACAAAGGUCAGUGCAAGAACACAGGUUUUAAGCAAGAUCAAAGGCUUGAUACAGCAAUACAAAGAUGAGAAGCUAAGCGUCACAUUAACAGGGCACAGCCUUGGCGCAAGCUUAUCGGUCUUGAGCGCUUUCGAUUUGGUGGAGAAUGGGGUUUCCGAUAUUCCGGUUGCAGCUAUUGUAUUUGGGUGCCCACAAAUUGGGAAUAAAGCUUUCAAUGAGAGGUUCAACAAGUAUACAAAUCUGAAGGUUUUGCAUGUAAAGAACACAAUCGACUUAAUAACCCACUAUCCAGGGCAGCUGUUGGGGUACGAGUACACGGGGAUUGAGCUGGUGAUAGAUACAAGGAAGUCGCCGAGCUUGAAGGACUCCAAGAAUCCGAGUGACUGGCAUAAUUUGCAGGCCAUGCUGCAUGUGGUGGCUGGAUGGAAUGGUGAGAAAGGGGAUUUUGAGCUGAAGGUCAAGAGGAGCUUGGCUUUGGUUAACAAGUCCUGUGAGUUUCUCAAGGAUGAGUGCUUGAUUCCGGGGUCAUGGUGGGUGGAAAAGAACAGAGGGCUGGUGCGUGAUGAAAAUGGGGAAUGGGUUAUGGCUCCUCCUGAUGACGAGGACCUGCCUGUCCCCGAGUAUUAUGGACAAGGGACAUGAAUUGAAUGGAUGGUUGGUGAAUUGUGAUGUUCAUCUUUUCAUUAUGUUAAUGUUCUUUGGACUUCUUUCUGUUACUUAAACGGGUGCUCCCUCCUCUGUUCUCUAGCUAGAACUAGGGUAAUCGAAUAUGCUUUUGAUCGGAUCAAUGAACAAAUGUCAUUUUCUGCUCAA